GAGAAUUUACAAAGUGUUUUUUUCUACUUAAUCAAAAUCUUGAAAAAAUCCUUUGACAAAUAUGAUAUCAUUCAUUAUGAUAAACACCAUCAUUAUUACUAUGAUGCAUUUUGUUUCAGCCACUGAUGAUAAAAUAGUCACUGAUUGUCGUGAUGAAGCAUUAGAAACAAUGACCAAUAAAGAUUGGUAUGGUGAAAAAUAUCUUUGUAUUUGUAUUAGUAUUUUAAUGGAUAAUUGUGUGGAAAAACGUUGUCAAUUAGAUGAAACUAGAGUACAAUAUCCAAAAACUUGUACAGGAAGUUAUGAUUAUCGUGGUUAUUUAAAUUGUGAAAAAAUUAUUGAUCCAAAUUCUAAUGAAUCCAAAUGGAUGAAAAUGAUUUCAGAAAAAAAUUGUGAAAUUGAUUCAUUACAAAUAACAUUACCGACUGGUUCAUUAAUAUUGAAUGCAAUAAUUUUAAUUAUUGCUAUUAUAAUAUUAUUAUAUUUU